GAAAAUAAAACAUGGGUUCAAGAUCAAAAGCACUUGCCUUAUAUAAGCAAAUACUUAAAGAAAGCAAAAAGUUUACAUCGUACAACUAUAGAAAUUAUGCCAUUAGAAAAACAAGAGAUGAAUUUAGACAAAAUAAAGAUGUUACAGAUCCACAAAAGUUAAAAGAUUUAUUUAAAAAGGCCAAAGAUGAUCUUGAGAUUAUACAGAGACAGGUAUUGGUAGGACAAAUGUAUGAUGGAGGCCAUCUUGUGAUAGAACAUCCAAAGACUUCAUAGUGUUUAAUUUUAGUAGUUACAGAGAAAUUAUGUUGCUUCAUUAUCAGAGAGUAACUUCAGUGUUUCAGUGUUCAUGAAGAUGUUGCACCAUGAUGUGAUAACAGGCUCUCUAAUCAUUAAACAUAUACUUAUUGUAAAUUACUUAACCAGGCAAAAAUACCGACCAUAUAUGUUUAAUCUCAGUUCUCAAGGUGGAACAUUUGAAAUGAUGAUCUUGAAUUAUAUAAAUGAUGUUUGUUUGUUCCAAUUAAAGCAUUACAUGUGA